AUGAGUAAGAACAUUGUGCUUCUCCCUGGUGAUCACGUCGGCCCUGAGGUUGUGGCAGAAGCCGUCAAGGUUCUUGAGGCCGUGUCAUCAGCCAGCGGCGUCAAGUUCAGCUUUUCCAAGCACCUGAUCGGCGGUGCCUCGAUCGAUGCUUGUGGGGUGCCGUUGUCCGACGAGGCUCUCGAGGCCGCCAAGAAGGCCGACGCCGUUCUGCUUGGAGCUGUUGGAGGCCCUAAGUGGGGGACUGGCGCUGUGCGUCCUGAACAGGGUCUGCUGAAGAUCAGAAAAGAGCUCAACUUGUACGCAAACCUGCGUCCAUGCAAUUUUGCUUCCGACGCUCUGUUGAAGCUGUCUCCGCUGAAACCAGAAAUUGUCAAGGGCACUGACUUUGUUGUUGUGCGUGAGCUGGUUGGCGGAAUUUACUUUGGCGACCGCAAAGAGGAUACCGGCGACGGAGUUGCCAGAGACACCGAGAGCUAUUCGGUUGCAGAAGUGCAGAGAAUCACGAGAAUGGCGGCUUUUUUGGCGUUGCAGAGCGACCCACCGCUGCCGCUGUGGUCGCUGGACAAGGCCAACGUGCUUGCGUCCUCGCGGCUGUGGCGCAAGACUGUCGAGGAGACCAUCAAGAACGAGUUCCCGCAGCUGACGGUGCAACACCAGCUGAUCGACUCCGCGGCCAUGAUUCUGGUCAAGUCGCCAACCAAACUCAACGGCGUCAUUGUCACCAACAACAUGUUUGGCGACAUCAUUAGCGACGAGGCCAGCGUGAUCCCUGGGUCUCUUGGUCUGCUGCCUUCUGCCUCGCUGGCUUCUCUCCCUGACACAAACAAGGCGUUUGGCCUUUACGAGCCGUGCCACGGCUCGGCCCCGGACUUGGGCCCGGGCAAGGUCAAUCCAUUGGCCACAAUAUUGUCUGCGGCCAUGAUGCUGAAGCUGUCGCUGGACAUGGUGGACGCGGGCCGUGCGGUCGAGCAGGCCGUGAAGAACGUCCUGGACGCGGGCAUCAUGACCGGCGACCUAGGCGGAAGCUCAUCGACCCAGGAAGUCGGCGACGCCGUUGCGCAGGAGGUGAGCAAGCUGCUUAACAAAUAA